CAUAUUUCUCACAUCUCACUUCUCAGCCUCCAAAAAUGGCGACCCAAACUCUCUCGCGAGCUCUUCUCUCAAAUUCCAAAUCACUAACAUCCUUCCUCUUCCCUUACUCUCGCUCUUUCUAUUCCUUUUCCUCAUCCGCCGCUGCCGCUUCCUCAACCAAAACUCUUAUCGCCCCGUCGCCACCGCCUUCCCUCUCCUUCCUCCGUCGCCUCCGUGCACCGCCUUGCUACUCACCCCUCGUUCGGAACCCUGUUUCCCCAUCCGUCAAAUCGUUCUCCACUAAAGCAGCCAGGUCCUCCCUCAAUGACCCCAACCCUAACUACUCGAACAGACCCCCGAAAGAAACGAUUUUGCUCGACGGCUGCGAUUUUGAGCAUUGGCUCGUUGUGAUGGAGCCGCCGAAAGAGGAUGCUACUAGGGAUGAUAUUAUUGAUUUUUAUAUCAAAACCCUAGCUCAAGUAGUGGGAAGCGAGGAUGAAGCGAGGAUGAAGAUUUAUUCCGUUUCUACCAGACACUACUAUGCAUUUGGAGCUCUUGUAUCUGAAGAGCUUUCUUAUAAGAUCAAAGAAAUUCCUGGAGUUCGGUGGGUUCUUCCGGAUUCCUAUCUAGAUGUGAAGAAUAAGGAUUAUGGAGGGGAGCCUUUCAUUAAUGGUCAAGCAGUGCCCUAUGAUCCUAAGUACCAUGAAGAAUGGGUGAGGAACAAUGCUCGAGCAAAUGAAAGAAACAGGCGCAAUGACAGACCACGGAAUUAUGAUAGAUCGAGGAACUAUGAGAGGAGAAGGGAGAACAUGCAGCCCAAUAGGGAUAUGCCUCCGAGCCAGGGCAUUCAGAAUACAGCUGGAAUGCCACCCAACAACAUGGGAGGGAUGCCGCCACCCAACAACAACAUGGGAGGUAUGCCGCCACCAAACAACAUGGGAGGUAUGCCGCCACCAAACAACAUGGGAGGUAUGCCGCCACCAAACAACAACAUGGGAGGUAUGCCACCACCAAACAAUAUGAGAGGGAUGCCACCACCCAACAACAUGGGAGGGAUGUCGCCACCCAACAACAUGGGAGGGAUGUCGCCACCCAACAUGGGGAAUAUGCCAUCAAAUCAAGGAUGGUCCAGUAAUAAUCAGAACUUCCAGAAGAACCCUAACUAUGGAAAUGCACAGAAUUUUCAAAAUGUCCCAAAUUAUGGUUCUCCCUACCAAGGUGGUACACCUAAUGCUCAAUACCAGAAUGAUUAUGCUCCAAACGAUGGUGGAGAAAACAUGUCGGGUGGUGGGAAUUACAAAUCUUAAAUCGUUGUUCUAAAUGAAUUCGGACUACUUUGGUUCAUUUUAAUUUUUAGGCAAUGCUGUAGAUAAAGAGAGUAUGCCUAGACUUGUGACUUUUUGGCUACUAAAGAAUCGUUGUUAUGUGAUUGAAUAUGUUGAGCAAGUUCUAGCAUAUUCAUCUGUUUGCUUUGAAUGGACUCUACUAUAAUACGAAAUUUUGUCGGAUGUUUAG